UUCAAAUAAAACCGAAUUGUUCAAAAUAUUUAAACAAAGAAGAAUUCAUCAAAAUUUUCCUUGAAAUAAAAAAGGAAUGAAAUCUUUCGACCAAAUUGAAGAAAUCGAAACCGGCCAUUAUUGAAUUUUACUAUUAUCAUCAUCUUUGUACAUCUGUGGAAUGUGUGCUUUUUCUUCAUUUUUUUUACAAAUUAAUUCCUUGAACAUUUUGAUUGAAAAAUUACUGACCAUCUCGAAUCAUCUAUGAUGAUUCCGACGAUGAAGAUGUUGAUAAAAACUUGAAUUUUUUUUCGGAAUUUUCAUAUUUUAUCCAGUGUAAAAUUGUAUAGUGAUUGAAAAAGAAAAUCAGUUCAUUAAUCAAAUACCGCUGUUUCUGUUGCUUCGGUAUAUUUCCACUUUUUCAUUAAUUUUUAAUAUAUACCAUUCAUAAUUUGAAUUAUCAUCUAAUUUGUUCAUAUUGAACAGAAAAGAAACGAUAUUGAAAUUCUGCCAUUUUCGAAAGAAAAAAACAAAACAACACAACAUUUGCCUUACUUUUUACUGGAUAAAAAAUUGUGUAUCCUGUCACAUUUUUUUCAUUAAAAUUGAAUAUUUCAUAAAACCAAACAACAACAACAACAAAAAAAGAAAUAUGGCUUCACAUGCAUCACUUUCACCGGCAUUUGUCGACAAGAUUGAUCCAUUCAAAAAAGGAUCAUUGAAAAGAAAACAAAAACGAUCACAAGGCUCAUCGCGAUAUCGUAUAACUAGCGAGAUUGAGUUGCAGCCAUUACCUCUGUUAAAAGAUGUCGGUCCAGCCGAACAAGAAAGUUUAUUCAUUCGUAAAUUAAGACAAUGUUGUGUGGCCUUUGAUUUCAUGGAUCCAGUUUCAGAUCUAAAAGGAAAAGAAAUCAAACGCGCAACAUUGAAUGAACUUGUUGAUUAUAUUAGUGCCGGUAGAGGUGUUCUUACAGAGCCAGUCUAUCCAGAAAUAAUUAAAAUGAUAUCUUGUAACUUGUUUCGGACGUUACCGCCUAGCGAGAAUCCAGAUUUCGAUCCAGAAGAAGAUGAUCCUACAUUAGAAGCAGCUUGGCCUCAUCUACAGCUUGUCUAUGAAUUUGUAUUGAGGUUUUUCGAAUCACCUGAUUUUCAACCGACGAUAGGCAAAAAAGUUAUCGAUCAAAAAUUUGUUCUACAACUUCUAGAAUUGUUUGAUAGUGAAGAUCCGCGUGAAAGAGAUUUCCUUAAGACUGUGUUACAUAGAAUUUAUGGGAAAUUUCUUGGGCUUCGCGCAUUUAUUCGUAAACAAAUCAACAAUAUCUUCCUGAGGUUUAUCUAUGAAACCGAACAUUUUAACGGUGUUGGAGAAUUGCUUGAAAUCUUGGGCAGUAUCAUCAAUGGCUUCGCGUUGCCUUUGAAAGCUGAACAUAAACAGUUUUUGAUCAAAGUUCUCAUUCCGUUACAUAAACCCAAAUGUCUAGCAUUAUAUCACGCUCAAUUGGCUUAUUGUGUUGUGCAAUUUCUUGAAAAAGAUUCAUCAUUAACAGAAAGCGUCAUCAAUGGUCUGCUUAAGUUUUGGCCAAAAACUUGUAGUCAAAAAGAAGUCAUGUUUCUUGGCGAAAUAGAAGAAAUUCUCGAUGUGAUAGAUCUUGUUCAAUUCGACAAAAUUCAAGUACCAUUAUUCAAGCAAAUAGCAAAAUGUGUUUCAAGUCCACAUUUUCAAGUUGCUGAACGAGCAUUAUUCUUCUGGAAUAAUGAUUAUAUUAUGAGCCUGAUCGAAGAGAAUACAAACGUUAUCAUGCCAAUAAUGUUUCCAGCAUUAUAUCGUAUUUCCAAAGAACAUUGGAAUCAGACAAUUAUCGCACUUGUAUAUAAUGUUUUGAAAACUUUCAUGGAACUAAAUUCCAAAUUGUUCGAUGAGCUUACGGCCUCAUAUAAAGUUGAAAGACAAAAGGAAAAGAUGAAAGAAAAAGAACGUGAUGAAUUAUGGAAACGUUUAGAAGAAUUAGAGCUGACUCAUAAACAACAACGGCAACAGUCAGCACCACAAAAUAAUAAUCAAUCAAUGGCCAAUGAUAAUUCUUUAUCUUCUUCUUUAACGUCAACAUUAUCAACGUAUACAUCAACGGCGACAACCAAUAAUCAAAUAUUAGUAAAAUCUCCUAUAUUCUCUUCAACUUCUUUGCCAUAUUCUGCAUCUUCAUUAUCGGCAACGACAUCAUCAUCAACAUCAAAUAACAAUAAUUCUUCAUCAUCGAACCCUUUGAAUUCAUCGACAACACUUUCGAAUUCUAACUCGAGUCAUAUGCAAGCUGCUUAAUUAUAUAUAUAAAUAAUACACAUCCACCACCCAACCAAACUCACAUAAAUUUUUUUUCGGUUGUUUCUAUUUGUCUAUUUGUAGACCCGUUUCUUUUUAUGCUUCAUUAUUAAUUAUUGUUGGUCGAACAUAACGCCAUCAAUUCAUUGAUGGUAGUAUGAAUGAAAUAAUUUUUGUAU